GUACAGCGUUUGUCCGGAGAGAAGAAUAUCGUGGAUCAACAGCCUCUACUUUCAGGAAAGAAACACCUCCCCUUGAUUCCGGAUGGUGCAAGAAGUGGCGAUAUCAACACCUUUGCAGGUGGAUCUUCUCAAAAGUCGGCAGAAGCAGCGAAGGUGCCAACAGAAGACUCUGUGCCAGAGAUGAUGGAUCAUGU